AUGGCGAGAAAGAAGGUUAAGCUUAUGUGGAUAGUGAAUGAUGCUGCUAGGAAAGCUAGCCUCAAGAAAAGGAGAGUUGGGUUACUGAAAAAAGUGAGCGAACUAACCGUACUAUGUGGCAUCGAGGCCUUUGUUAUCAUCUACAGUCCAGAUGAUCCCGAACCCGCUAUCUGGCCAUCAAGUCCCGACGUUCAACGCCUUGUUACGAGGUUCCAAAACAUUCCUGUCAUGGAGCGUGGCAAGAAGAUGAUGAAUCAAGAAAGUUACCUGAAAGAGAGGAUGGGAAAACUAAAUGAUCAGUCCAGGAAGCACCUAAAGAAGAAUAGGGAGUUGGAGAUGGCCGACCUCAUGCAACAAGUUUACCAAGAUAAGGGAUUCGAUGGCUUAGACCAAACUCAAUUGUGUGGUUUAGCAUGGUUGGUAGCGGAGAAAAUGAAGGACAUAAGGAAAAGGGUUGAAUAUUUUCAACAAAUUCCGCCCCUCCAAGAUGCUUCCCUUCCACCAGGUCCUUUUCCUCCUCAAUACCCUAACGAGGAUGAAGAUGGCGGCGGUGAUGAAACCGGAGGCCAAGUAGUUGGAGAACCUGGAGAUGGGAGGGACGAUCCUACAGAUGGUGGUGUACCAUGGGACCAAUGGUUCACUGAUAUAAUAAACAACCGUGAGCAUAAUGUUGCUGGAGGCAGCAGCACCAAAAGUGACUUGGGGCUGCGACAUCCAUUUAACAUUACUGGUGUCAGCUCUGGUGGGGGAGCUGACAUAGGGUUCCACCCUGGGCAAAAUGAUGGUGGUGGCAGCAGUACGAGCAACCUUUUUGGGCUGGGCCUCUCUCGAAGCAGAAAUAUAGGAGACAUCAGUGGUGGAAAUAUUUUUCAUCAGGGGCUGCUGCCCCAUGACAAUGAUAUCUUAAGAGGCAGGAGUUCCUGUGGAAACAACUUUGAUUUGGGGCUUCCUAUUGGAAGUAACAUGAUAGGAUGCAAUAAUGCUGGAAACAGCUUUGAUACUUGGCUGCCUCAUGGCCUAGGAUUUAAUCCAGGAGGCAACACUAGUGCCGGAAACAAUUUUGAUCUGGGUUUGGCUCAAGGAAAUAAUACAAGAAGCGAUAGUACUGGUGGAAACAACUUUGACCAGUGGCUGCCUCAUGUCAAGAACAUGGGGGACAACAGUGCUGCUGUGAAUAACGUUCAUCCUUGGCUGGCCGCUGGUGGAGAUAUAGGUGGAGAGAGUUUAGGACUGGGGCUACUUCCUGGAACUCGUUUUUCAGGCAGCAGUACUGGUGAAAAUCCUUUCCAUGGGCUGCACGGGAUGCAUCAUCUUGGAAAUAGUGGAGCUGGAGAUAGCAGUGAUGGAGGAAGCGAUUUAGGGCAUCCUGGAUUUUUUGGAACUGGUUCAGGAGAUCUCAGGCUGCCAUUCGAUGCUACCAAGAACUGGCUUAACAACAACUUCAAUCCUUGA